CAAAGGUAUUCAGCCUCAACACUACAGUGAUGACACAACUUGAGAGACAAUAAUGGGGACUCAAGACGCUUCAGGGAGCGAAGACUGUCCUUUCUGCCUGAUAGUGAACAACCAGGCUGACACAGAGAUCCUGCUGAGCGAUGAUGAGCUGCUCUGUUUCCGUGACAUGAAGCCUGGAGCCAUACAUCACUACCUCGUUAUUCCCAGGACUCAUAUUGACAACUGCAAAUGUCUCCAGGGGGAUCACAUACCUCUGGUGGAGCGGAUGAUAGAAAUGGCUACCAGUGUACUAGAGAAGAAUAAAGUCGGCGACCUGAGUGACGUCAGGAUGGGGUUUCACAUUCCUCCAUUCUCAUCUGUUCCCCACCUCCACCUCCACGCUCUGGCUCCAGCCAGUAAGAUGAACUUCAAGGCGCAGCUUCACUACGGGCCACAGUCUCACUGGUUCAUUACAGUCGACAAGGUGCUGUCUCAGUUGAGGACUCGUGGCAAGGUCAGAUGAAGAGAUACAAAGAGUCUGAAGCUGCAACUGUCUUUUUUUAUGUUGACAGGUUAUUUACUGGAAUCCCCUUACACUAAGAAUUUCAAAUCACCGUCCAUCUGACUUGACAUUUUAUGACGUGUAUUCCUCAAUGUAUUGGUGAUUAAGUCGUGGAUAAAAGUGGAAUAAGGGCUGUUUUUGUUCAGGUGGAAGUGAUAAAAGUUUUUUUUAAAAUGCAUUCUAGUCCUAUUAAAUGUCAAGUUAUGCAAUGAGGAGAGAAUUACAGAAUUUAGGAUAUGCAUUAAUUAUUUAGAUUUAAACCUUGAAGACUGAAAACACAUGUCUUAUAUACUAUUAUAUAUACACAUAUAUGUACUGUUUAAAAGUCACAUAUGAGAAAUCAUUAUAUUCUUUUUUAUUGCCAUAUGAAGUCAGUAUUUACAGCGAUGGACAAUCACUUUUUUUUGUAUGUUUACUUGUCUUUUUAAUAUGAAGUACAUCAAUUGAAACAGCUGCUUAUGCAUUUGAUAUCUUUGUGUCAUAAUUUAUUUGAUGAACUGGGGUGCAAUUUGUCUUUUAAUACAAAUGUAAUGUUAUAUAUAACUUUAAUAAAAGAUCUUG